AUGGGGCCGGCUCAAGCGUGGGGCUGGCUCAAGCAUGGGGCUGGCUCUAGCAUGGGGCUGGCUCUAGCAUGGGGCUGGCUCAAGCAUGGGCCUGGCUCUAGCAUGGGGCUGGCUCAAGCAUCAAGCAUGGGGCUGGCUCAAGCAUGGGGCUGGCUCAAGCAUGGGGCUGGCUCAAGCAUGGGGCUGGCUCUAGCAUGGGGCUGGCUCAAGCAUGGGCAUGGGGCUGGCUCAAGCAUGGGGCUGGCACAAGCAUGGGGCUGGCUCAAGCAUGGGGCUGGCUCAAGCAUGGGGUCGACUCAAGCAUUGGGGCUGGCUCAAGCAUGGGGCUGGCUCAAGCAUGGGGCUGGCUCAAGCAUGGGGCUGGCUCUAGCAUGGGGCUGGCUCAAGCAUGGGGCUGGCUCAAGCAUGGGGCUGGCUCAAGCAUGGGGCUGGCUCAAGCAUGGGGCUGGCUCUAGCAUGGGGCUGGCUCAAGCAUGGGGCUGGCACAAGCAUGGGGCUGGCUCAAGCAUCAAGCAUGGGGCUGGCUCAAGCAUGGGGCUGGCUCAAGCAUGGGGCUGGCUCAAGCAUGGGGCUGGCUCAAGCAUCAAGCAUGGGGCUGGCUCAAGCAUGGGGCUGGCUCUAGCAUGGGGCUGGCUCAAGCAUGGGGUUGGCACAAGCAUGGGGCUGGCUCAAGCAUGGGGCUGGCUCAAGCAUGGGGUCGACUCAAGCAUUGGGGCUGGCUCAAGCAUGGGGCUGGCUCAAGCAUGGGGCUGGCUCAAGCAUGGGGCUGGCUCUAGCAUGGGGCUGGCUCUAGCAUGGGGCUGGCUCAAGCAUGGGCCUGGCUCUAGCAUGGGGCUGGCUCAAGCAUCAAGCAUGGGGCUGGCUCUAGCAUGGGGCUGGCUCAAGCAUGGGGCUGGCUCUAGCAUGGGGCUGGCUCAAGCAUCAAGCAUGGGGCUGGCUCAAGCAUCAAGCAUGGGGCUGGCUCAAGCAUGGGGCUGGCUCAAGCAUCAAGCAUGGGGCUGGCUCAAGCAUGGGCCUGGCUCUAGCAUGGGGCUGGCUCAAGCAUCAAGCAUGGGGCUGGCUCUAGCAUGGGGCUGGCUCAAGCAUGGGGCUGGCUCUAGCAUGGGGCUGGCUCAAGCAUCAAGCAUGGGGCUGGCUCAAGCAUCAAGCAUGGGGCUGGCUCAAGCAUGGGGCUGGCUCAAGCAUCAAGCAUGGGGCUGGCUCAAGCAUGGGGUUGGCUCAAUCAUGGGGCUGGCUGUAGCAUGGGGCUGGCUCAAGCAUGGGGCUGGGUCAAGCAUGGGGCUGGCUCAAGCAUGGGGCUGGCUCUAG